UCAAACCCUCUUUCAUUUCUUCUUCUUAGGGUUUCUGAAUGAUAUUCACAAUUCACUGGAUGCAUAUAAACAUUUAUAAUUCGCAUAUACUUUCGAUUUUAUUUAAUUAAAUUGAAUAUAUAAUUGAAUUUUUAUUUUUUUACAACUCGAAAAUACCUUUUGCAUCGAGUUUUCAAUCUUUGCUUAGUUUAUGCUGUUUGCUGUUUGUCUGUAAGUUUCUCCUAGAAUACAUUACGGUAAUAAGAGGCGUUGAUUUCUAAAAAAGUCACGUUGAAUCCGAGAGCUACUGACAGAGCUGUUUACUUUGAAUUAAUUGUUUUCAUACAAUUGAUCGUUUCUUGGUUUCUUAUGUGAAAGGAUCUUUUACUUUUAGCUUGGGGAUUGCUUCCAUUUUCAGAAACCCUAAUCUGUGCAAUUCUCAGAAGUUUGACAUUUAUAUUGACCUGUCAGCGUGCGAGUCUAUGGACAUUGACAGUACUAGUGUGACUAAAGGCAGCUCAUGUGGGCUGAAGGAAAAUGGCAUGCCCCUCUAUCCUGUUUCUCUUUAUGAUUCGGGUGAAGGUCUUCCAUAUGCUCCCGAAGAUUGGCCUUAUCCUGGUGAUAAGUGGAGCUGGAAGGUGGGAGGACGCAUUGCUGCUUCUGGAUAUUUUUUGGAUAGAUACAUGUAUACUCCUGCGCGUCUCAGGGAGGGUGGACGUAAAACUGGUUUUGCAAGCAAACUCUCUCUCGAACAGUAUAUCCGGAAGAACUUCCCUGAUGCAGAUGUUAACGCAUUUUUUGCAUCAUUUAGUUGGAAGAUUCCUUCAAAAUCACGCAUGAAAGAUGAUAUAGAACUGUUCACACCUCCCAGGGAAACUGCAGAACAUUCAGGUUCCGACUCUCAGUUUGAUGACAUUUGUUGUAAGGCUGGUAACCGAGUUUGCAACAGUUUAUCUGCAACAGAGGACUCUGUUUCAGAUGUCAUGUCUUGUGAUAUUUGCUGCAGUGAACCUGGCUUCUGCAGAGAUUGUUGUUGUAUUCUUUGUUGUAAGACUAUCAAAAUGGCGUUUGGAGGCUAUAGUAACAUUAGAUGUGAAGCUAAAAUAGAUGGCUAUUUUUGUGGACACAGUGCACAUAUUGAGUGUGCUCUACGAGCUUACAUGGCUGGGACAGUUGGGGGAACCAUUGGUUUGGAAACUGAGUACUAUUGCCGUCGAUGUGAUUCAAGGACAGAUCUCGUUUUGCAUGUUGAAAGGCUUCUACAAAAGUGCAAAUCAGUUGAUUCUCGGGAUGACAUUGAGAAGAUUCUGAAUGUUGGUAUUUGUAUUUUACGUGGAUCGGAGAAAACAAGUGGAAAGCAGUUGCUGCAUCAUAUUGAGAUGGCCAUGGAAAAGCUUAGGAAUGGAACUGAACUUGAGGAUAUUUGGAAGGAGGAAGACACUGCAGUUACUGGAGUAGGGCUGUCUCUAAAUGGCAAAUGUGCAUUUGGAUUCCAAAAUUAUGAGGAGCCACAUGAUCAUAAAGUUGGAUCGCCUCAGCCUUUAUCAUCAACUUUUGAUCAUCGUGUUGAAUCACUUAAACUUGAGGAUGAGAUUGAUCAAAUUCUGCAUGCACUAAGGAAGUCCCAGGAUUUUGAAUACAGACUUGCGGAGGAAAGGCUUUUUGCUCAUAAGAACUAUAUCCUAAAUCUUUACCAACAGCUUGAUAAGGAAAGGUCUGAACUCUCAAGACACGCCUCAUUGAAAGAUCCAAAUACCACCGUACUUGAUGCUGUCCAGAGCAGGAUCGAACAGAUAAAGCGGGAAGUGUCCAAACUAAAGGACAUGGAAGAAGCGAAGAAGGGAUUCGGAAGAGUUUCCAAAUAUAUUCUCAAGGAACAUUUUGGUCUAGAAAUUGAGAGUUGACAAACGGCAUUAUCGAAAUUUCAUUGCAGUCACUUUGAGGUGUCAUUACCAAUGUUGAUCAUAUGACAAAAGUAUUUUUCCAGAAAAUAUAUGUUAAAUUUGCACUUUUUAGGAUAUUUUCUCUUAUUCUUCGAAUUGAAUCAGAAUAAUUUUCCUGUCCAA